GUCGCUAAAGUACGACCUAAAGACGCUAAAGUACGAUCUAAAGACGCUAAAGUACGAUCUAAAGACGCUAAAGUACGACCUAAAGACGCUAAAGUACGACCUAAAGACGCUAAAGUACGACCUAAAGACGCUAAAGUACGAUCUAAAGACGCUAAAGUACGACCUAAAGACGCUAAAGUACGAUCUAAAGACGCUAAAGUACGACCUAAAGACGCUAAAGUACGAUCUAAAGACGCUAAAGUACGACCUAAAGACGCUAAAGUACGACCUAAAGACGCUAAAGUACGACCUAAAGACGCUAAAGUACGACCUAAAGACGCUAAAGUACGAUCUAAAGACGCUAAAGUACGAUCUAAAGACGCUAAAGUACGACCUAAAGACGCUAAAGUACGACCUAAAGACGCUAAAGUACGACCUAAAGACGCUAAAGUACGACCUAAAGACGCUAAAGUACGACCUAAAGACGCUAAAGUACGAUCUAAAGACGCUAAAGUACGACCUAAAGACGCUAAAGUACGACCUAAAGACGCUAAAGAACGACCGAAAGCAGUUUAA